AACAGUUAUAAUUUCAAAAUGGCUGUCAAGAUCUGCUUGUUUCUCCUUGGACUAAUCUGUCUGGCUGCCGGCAAACCAUUGUGCCCGAAUGCGAUGUACGAACCCAUGGGGGGCAUGGGGGGCAUGACUGUCUGUGAAACAAUUCCUACGCCGCCCAUGUAUUAUGGUUAUGGUGGAAUUGGCAAUAUGGAAAUGAUGCCUUACGGAUACCCUGGCUACGGAGGAUACCCUCCCAUCGGUGCAUAUGGUCGAGGCUACGGGAACGCUGGCCUCGGUAUCGGUGGAGGCUUAGGUUUAGGUCUCGGCGGGGGCUUGGGCCUCGGCGCCGGUCUCAACGCCGGCCUCGGCGCUGGCCUUGGUGCCGGCCUUGGCGGUGGUUUAGGGGUGUAUUGACCCCUAGAGGAAAAAUUGGCAGCGAAAUUUGAAGUUAGAAAAUAGGGUUUGUUUAAUUACAACUCAAUUCUAAUAAAAAUUUCAUUGCAGCUAAUUUUAGUAUUAAUGUUAGGACCAUAUAUUAAUCUUUUUGACAAAUUGGUAUCUGGAUGGAUCAAUUAGUUUUUAUUGUUGUUCUGUAUCACCAGCAAGAAGUUAUUUAAUAUUUUAAUUGACUUUUAACAACUGAAUAAAUCCUAUUUUACUUAAUUAUAAAAAAUACAUUUAACCCGCCACAUGCUUGAGGACAUUUGAAAUUCAACACGAGGAUGAAAAUUUAAAACAAAAUCUAUUUAUUCGAGUGACAAUGAAAAUUGAUCUACCCUCAUACAUAAGAUACUUAAGUAUAUGUAUUAAACCAAAUUUAAUAAAUGUGUCCAUGAGA